AUCCUUCUCUCCCAUCCUUCUCCCAUCCUUCUCCCUCUCCCUCUCCCUCUCAUCACACCAUCUUCCUCACAAUGAAGGCUUUCCUCCUCCUGUCCGGACUCACCCUGGCCUAUUGCCAGGGCUAUUCCACUGAAUGCACCGACCUUUACUACAGCGAGGGAUGGCUGGUUGGUACCUGUCCUACCGACGAUGGCGGUACCAUCAGCAGCAGUGUCUACCUGCCCACCAAGAUUGAAAACUCCGAGGGAACUCUCGAGUGGAAAACCGAUGGUGCCUACUGGGACACUUGCGACGACUGCACCCUCGUCGACAGCGGGUCCACGCUGCAGUGUUACUGCGACGCAACGUCCUCAAAGAACGACAAGACGUCCACUCUCGAUCUGGAGGAGUACAUCGCCAACUACGACGGCCACCUGCUGUCCAACCUGACGGGGGCGAUCACCAGCAUCCCCGCCAACUCCUCGUACGGCAUCCCCGCCACCUUUGACGUCGAGCUGCUGCUGUCCAGCGAGAGCAACGAAUGCUCCGAGUACGGCGCCACCAUCUCCCUCAAUGACCCCACCGACUGCUACUACCUGAACCUGGGAGUCGAGUACACUUGGGCCUGUGGCAGUUCCGUCGACAACGAUGGCUGGGAGAUUAUUGGCUACACGACUGAGGACUGCACCGGUGACGCCAUCGUCACCUUCACCCCGGAUAACGAGGAUACCUGUUAUACCUUCACUGAGGGGGUGAUUGGAUUCUCCGUUACUCCUUUGUGGAAUGCUGAUUAACUUACUCACCUUUUACUUGACCGACGAUAUCUUUGUUGACUUGGCCAAUGAUAGUUAGCUACUAAUUAACAUCUAUAAGAUCUACUCUAAGGAUAAAUAGUCG